AGCAGUUACUGAAUAACAGGAAACGCAGUCUUAACACUGCUGUGUCAGGACUUAUCUUCACUCGAGUUCCUCCGUGCUCACCGAUUGCUAAUUAACUCCAAAUAGUUUAAACCUUUCUAAGAGUGGUUUGAAUAUUCCUCAAACUUUCAGUGCGGCCAUUACUUUGCCUUUAUUUUACUACUAAUCACAAAGGGCACAGACAGAUAGCCUCAGCUACAUCCACCCAAUGCAACUCCACCAGAAGCACCCAGUCCAGCUGGUGGCUGGGGGCCCUCAGCCAAGAAGUGACUGUCCCCCCCAGCAGAGCCACGGUUAUCCAUCACAGGCCUCUCCGGACCAUUUCAGUGGGAACUACGACCACCACCCCAUGGCACAGCUGCUUGGCACGGCCUCACCUGCACACACCAGCCAUUCCGCAAGCUAAAAAGUCAAGUUAGUCUCUUCCAGUCGAGGGCCAGAUACUUUCUGGAGUUUUCCUGCAAUUUCAAAGCCAAUCGUUUGAGGAUGCUUACGUAGUUUAGCGUGCUCUCUGCACAGCCCCGAGUCCAAGGAACAAUGAGGUGACACUUCAAAUUUGCGUCUUGCAUGGAAAAUCACCAGUAAAAAAAAAAAAUUGCCUGACUUGCACACGAUUACAAUGCGUAUCUUUUCUUUACCCUUCUUAACUAUGAGAAGUUAAUACCAAUAAAAUAAACCUGGAUUUGGGUACAGCUCAAAGGCAAACGCUAUAUACAAAUCACCUACACGACACAGCCAGCUUUACGCAAGUUUUUCAGUAACAAUUUGGAGGAACUACUGUGAAUGGAAGGGAAACAGUCUACCCAGUCCAACAAACUACUAUGCUAAGAUGGUCAAAACCAAAGUCAGUAUGGGACGUUUGGAAUACCACGUGUGAGCUCAUUGGAAGCAGAUUUCGAGCUGCUGCGGAGCACAGCUACUGCACAAAGAACAGGAACGUUCACCUGGGAGCUGAAGUGUCUCCGGGCUCGGCAGCAUCCCUGUGCCCUCCACACGCAUCCCUGGUUUCAAAGCAGCAUUUGGAGCAGUAGUGCCAACCGUCAAGUGGAAAUGUAGACCUAGCGCUGAAAUAUUUUCUCCAGAACUGUGUGUUUUUGCAGUGAGCAAGCGUCUGCAUUUUUCAUCGCCUUGUACAGUGGCUAAAGAAGUUAUUCUAACAUAGACACCCUGCUUUCUACAUAAAUAAAAAGGGCUAUAUCCUCCAAACAAUAACUAUAAUUCAUCUGACUAUCCACAGUGGAAGCCUCAGCCAGUGGUAUCUGUGGGGCAUUUUCUUGAAAAGUUUCAAACCCCACUGAACGGGAAGCGAGCACAGUCGGAAAGAAGGAUGACUUCCCACAACAUGACGUGGAUCAGCUACCCAAGCAAGAACCUGGAUUUCUCCUCCCCAGAAGAAAUCGAAGCCAUCAUAGCCUCUCAAAACAUCAUCUCCAGACUUAUGCACUGUUACAUCGCCUUUUUCGUACCAGCAGGAUUAAUAGCUGGCAUAUGCAUUUUGAUCAUUUUCAUAAAGAAUUAUUUGCAAUACAAAGCCAUAGAAAAUUUAGACUUAUUUCUUCUACACUUCACCAUCAGCAAUAUUAUAAUGAUUUUUUUAUCGUUUACUGUCAUAACCAGACCUGACUACUUAAAAGCAACGCACCUCACGUGUAACGUUCUGUCGUUUUUUUUCAACUUCAGUUAUUUCAAUUCUCAGUAUGUUUUGAUUUUGACGCUUCUCGUACUAUUACUCAAGAGAUUUCCACCGAGGACCGCUCUCGGCAACGGAACCCACAGACCCAUGUUGUGUGUUGGAUUUGUACUUGUAUCUGCCUUCUGUUUGUCGCUGACUGGGGCGGUGCUGGUUGGCACAGAUAACUAUCACUCGGAAACAUAUUGCCAGUUAGACCCAUUAUUUGCAUGGCCUGAGUACGAGAUCAUUAAAUUCACCUUUGGAUUUGGAAUCCCAUCGUUUCUUCAGAUACUCUGUUUUACUGUUCUCCUCGUUAAAGAAGCACCAGCUGAUGCUCCAGCCUUACACCAGCACAUUCGUACUUACCCCGCUGCCUACAUUAUAAACAUAACAAUAUUUAUAUGCCGCCUAUUUUAUAACGUUAUGAUUCUCUUCAGGACAAUGCUCAAAUUACAGAAGAGCAUUGGAACGCCCAACAAUGAGCUUGUGAUGAAUAUUGCAGAGAUAGUGUUGUUCUGUGAGAGCUGUGCCAGUUUGGUAUGUAUACUUUGUUUUCAUAAACCAUGCAGGGACGAAAUACUUCAACUCAUACGCAACUGCCGAAGGGGAAACGCUGCCAGCAAUCACCUUGAAAUACCAGUCACAAUCACCACCCACGAAAGUGGGUCUCAGUAAUACCCGCUGCUCUGGAGAACUGUCAAUUCGCUUCACUUCUGUAGCUUGUUUGUGGGUUCUGGUUUGGUUUUUUCCUUCUUCAAAAGAGGAUAAUUGUUCCUUCUUUAGAACCCAAACCUGGGCUAUCUUACAACUAGCAGUACUGGAAGAAAAAAGGUAUUUAGUUUUAGUAUUUGCAGUUAUCUAUGAGAAAACAGGUAGGGUCUGGGGUUGUUGGAGAGUUUUUUCAUAUAUAUAUAUAUAUAUACAUAUAAAUUGCCUAUUUUCUGCAAGUGUUACUUCAAAACCAAGUAGAAAGAACUAAGUAGCAAUAGAAGUGCGCUCUUGUAAUAAUAUCAAUGCCCUGGCAAAGAUGCAGACAAAACCACAGCAGAAAACAACUUUGAACACGGGUAAAAAUCUGCAGCCAAAGCCUUCUCUCAGGUAUGCUUCCUCUUUUGACUUCUUACCCUACAAGCUACUUAUUUUUAUAACAUUGGUAAAUUCCAGUAGCAGCAAGAGUGAAGUAUGGCUUAGGAAUCCAUUAUAACCUUGAAAUAGUAUGUGAUACUAUAAGUCUACUGUAGUACUUGUUUAUAUUAUAUAUAUACCCACACACACAAACUGAGCAUUUCUUCCCUUUUUCCAUUUUCCUUCUAUAUUUUUUCGUUGGAACCCUUAAGGUUUUUGUCUGAAUCCUUCUGCCAAAAAAAAAUUUCAAAUUAAUGGAAACGCUGGUCCAUAAAGGAAAGCCUCGAGUCCUUUGUGAGGCACCGAACUGGAAAGAUCAACAGGAUGGCUAAUUAAAACUUUGUGCAAGAAUGAAAGCUUUUUGUUAAUGCACUCUCAGCGUCAGCUUUGCAUUAAGACUUACAGCAAUUAUUGAUUUAAGCCAUUCUUGAUGAGUUUGUUCAGAAGUAUGAAGUCGCAUGCCUUGCAGGAGUCACAUUCAAUAACACGCUAACUGAAAAAAGAGGAAAACCAGCCCAGAACAGUGUAACUGAGGCAAACAAAAGCAGAGCCCCAGUUCCAAACUGAAACCAGGGCUCCGCCAGAGACAAGAUCGGAGCGUUAUACAUUUAGAUGAGAAUUCAUGGGUAAAUGGUGCAAAAUAGGGAAGAAAAUCUGAAUUGGAGAAUCAACCAGCUGUGUGCAGGAGUUCGGCUGGAGCCCUGCAGAAUCAGUAGCCGAUGCAGGCUGAGACGUAGGUGCAAAGUUUGAAAUUCUCGCUUUGAGCACAUCGUUACUGUCACCGAAUUUGCCCAGGAGCCAUCUUACACAUUUGGCUUCGGUUUCAGCUUUUCCUCUCAUAGAGGUGGAGAGAACGGAAACAAAAGGGAAGGCACAAAAUUGUAGUAGAUCUUGGAUAAAAACGUAGACUUCGACUGCAAAGCUGUAAGAAUACAGUGCUGUGAUGAGGAAGGCUCAAGUGACCUGAAGGGUUCAGAGAAAAGCCACCUUGACGCUUAAAGAUGUGCCUUCACAUGACACCCAGAUGCUAACAGAACGGAAAGAUUGUUUUGCAGUUGGGUGCUUUGGAAGGUCUUCCUGAGGGGGUCCCGAUUUGCGUGGAGAGCUGGUGCAAACCAGCACAGGGCUGCCUGAGACAGAGAACAGUGAGCACGGAUGGAUCAAGAGGAACGCCUUCCGCAAAACAACAGCCAAGUGCAUAAAUGGGAGAAUAAAGGACAUUUGUUCAACAAUAAUACAGUAUAUAGAUCUAGUAUCUACAUCUAUGGAUCUAGUCUUAGACAUCCAGGUCCUGAAAUUUAUGGACGAUGACUGUAUCACAUGCGAAUAAAGGGUAAUACGUACUGUCACUACGACCACAUUUCUGCAAGACGUACGAACCAACUGGUAAGAUGUCUGCACUGUGUUAUGUCAGCCUGUUUUCCCAUUCAAUUUUAUUCUGCUGCCAGCAUGAGCAGAUGGAUAAUUAAAGAACACUACAUAUAAACAGACCAUUAUAGAGCCUGAUCAGAAAGGAAUUACAUCGAUAAGAAUCAUCUCUUUGAAAACAAGAGCCAACUUCAGACUCAUGAAAGGAUUUCUCAGCUGGCAUCAGACGUUUUGGUUUGCACCUGAGAAGGGGGAGAUUAAGCAACACAGACAGAAGAUCAGCCCUGCAGAAAGAAGUUUGAAGAGUUGAGUUGUAAGAGCUGUACGUCAGUGAAAAAGCUGACAGACUGAGUGCAGGAGUAUGUCAGGAGAUGCAAGCUGUUCAUCCCAAUUCAGACAGAAUAUCAUCGGUUCAGCUGCGCCAUGGAUAACUGAAAUGCAAAACCCCACCUGCAAUUCUGGGGAGUUUAUGCAAGACUGAGGCUCCACGGUCACGGCACAAUAAGCUUAUUUUAUCCAUGUGAUUCUGAGCUGAGCAGUUCUAAGAAGGGUGAGGAUGACGAUGUAUACCUGAAAAUUUAAAUACAGACAAAAUGGGAUCGACUUGAAGGUGGCAUUCAGUGCAGCUUUGCACACCUAAAUACAAGUUUUUACUGAGCCGGGAGUGGAAGUUGACAGAUGCAUUAAGUGCGUACCCGCGCGAGAACCAGCCUUUGUCAUCUGGAGGAAAAAAUCAGCUCUGGAGACAUGGAAUUAAGGUCCAAGGAUGUGCAUUGAUUAUUAAAAGAAAACAAAUGGAGCUAAAAUUCUGCUACCUUCCAACCUGCCUGAAGAAACACUGUCGAUGAAAAGCUUUUACUGAAGAGAGCCAAGUACCAUAAUGGUAAAAAGAUUCCUACAUGAUCUUAAGGCAUACAGGAACUGCAAAUUCUCUCAUUUGCAAUGUAUAUAGCGUCCUGUAAAAAAAUUUAAGAAAUUUACUAUUUGUACUGUUAUAGCUCAGUCAAUUUUAAUUAAUUUGACUUCUCAAGAAUUUUAAUUUCCUAUACAAAAGUGUACGUCUUUUUCCAUUCCAAACAAAAUGCUUACUAUGAGCCUAGUUGAAAACAACCAAAAAUCUGGGGUUUUGGCAUUACCACCAAACUGUGAGUACUAAUAUCUCCUCUGCAGCUAUUUUAACCAUGGAAACUUACUCUGCCUCAGUGUCCCCUGUUCUAUGUAACAGCACAACUUUUAACCUAAGUGGAUCGCACCUGUGUAAUGAAAGCAUAUCUUCUAGAUUAGCCGAUAAAUCAGAACACCAACAGUAUGUUAUCGGUCUUUUCUUAUCAUGUCUUUACACAAUAUUUCUUUUUCCGAUUGGUUUUGUAGGAAACAUUCUGAUACUGGUUGUCAACAUAAGCUUUCGUGAAAAAAUGACUAUUCCAGACCUUUACUUCAUAAACCUUGCAGUAGCUGAUCUCAUUUUAGUUGCCGAUUCUCUCAUUGAGGUUUUUAAUCUUGAUGAAAAGUAUUACGAUAUCACUAUUAUUUGUACCUUUAUGUCUUUGUUCCUUCAGAUCAACAUGUAUAGCAGCAUUUUCUUUCUGACAUGGAUGAGUUUUGACAGAUACAUAGCACUGGCAAAAGUAAUGAGGUCCAACAUAUUUCGCACUAUGCAACACGCUAGAUUAAGCUGUGGUCUCAUAUGGAUGGCAUCUAUUUCUGCAGCACUAGUUCCAUUUACAGCUGUGCACUUACAACACACCGGAGAGGUCUAUUUUUGUUUUGCAGAUGUAAAAGAAAUCCAGUGGCUAGAAAUAACCUUGGGGUUUAUUAUCCCCUUUGUGAUCAUCGGUCUUUGUUACUCAUUAAUUGUUCGAGUUCUUAUCAAAGCACACAAGCACAGGAGUCUUCGGCUGCGGCGGCAGAAGGCUCUUCGGAUGAUUUUUGUUGUUGUCUUGGUUUUCUUUAUCUGCUGGCUACCUGAAAAUGUCUUCAUUAGCGUUCAACUUCUUCAAAAGAAGAGCGAGCCUGUCUCUUCAAGCAGCCCAUCCUUCAGACACGAUUAUCCUUUAACAGGACACAUUGUGAACCUAGCAGCUUUUUCUAAUAGCUGCUUGAACCCCUUAAUUUACAGUUUUCUAGGGGAAACCUUCAGAGACAAACUGCGGCUGUAUAUUGAACAGAAAACAAAAAUGUCAACAUUACAUCGCUUUUGUCAGGCUGCCUUAACGUCUGUCAUUCCUGACAGUAAUGAGCAAUCAGAAGUCUGAUUUAGUAGUGGUUGUAUAAAACAUAUGACUGUGAAGUUGUGCAAAUAGCGAACAAAAUGCUUGCUACUAACAGAAAAAGUGCAUUUGUGUGUGUACAUAUAUAUAUAGUAUUGCUCUACUGAGUAUUGAAGGUUUAUAUUCAAAAUGUUUUUAUGACAAGACUUUAAUGUAGAAGAAUAUGUUUUAGUCGAAUUUAUAUUUAAUUAUGAACAGGAUUAUUAAAAGCUGAGCACUGAAGGAGCAUUAUUUUGUAUUACACAUGUACGAAUGACAAUAUGGAAGAAAAUUUUAUCAAGUUAGGAAGACUCUAGAUGUAACCUGAUUAUCAGAUGUGCGACUUUGCUGAUGUAUAUAAGGUAUUUCCACUGAAAUAAUGAAGCUGCCAUAACAGUGGGGGGAAAAAAAAAUCGUUACAAAGUAUUGAUGUGGAGAUGCAGAAAACAUUGAUUUUUUUUUCAUCCAAAUAUGUUAAGAUAAAUGACUUUGCUUAGAACAACUGCAUAGUACUAUUGUCACUGUAUUCUGGCAUGUCUUCCACGAUUCACUUUUUUUAAUCUUUAUAUAAUCUAGCACGAUGGUGAGGUUUUGUCUCAUAAAUGUAAUCUACUGUUUACAUCAGUACUUGAUCAAAACUGAAAUCGUCUGUAACUAUAUUGCUCAUCUCAAAGAACUUUACAGAAGCAAAACAUAAUGCUUCAUUCUGUCUUUUAAGGAUUGCCCAAGACGAUCUUUCCCAGGACAGACAUAACUGGGCCCUUUGUCCAAAAUGCCAGUGCAUAUAUACAUAUAUAC